AUGAUUGGAUCAAAGCAGAUAAAACGUAAGAGAGACAGUUUGGGAAAUAGUCCAACAGUAAUUAUAAAGAGACUCAAGAUGAGUUCCCCAAGUGUUGAACCUGUGAGAAAGAGUUCAGAUGAUAAGAUAUCUCCAAAAAAACCCAUACUUGUAUUAAAGCCGUUAAAUAACACUGAUGAAUUCAGUAUCAGAAGAUCCAAGAGACAAGCUUUACAGAAAGAAAAAGAUGAAUACUUCUCUGUGAAACCUAUCCAUAGUGGUGCAAUGGUUAGUCCUGACAGUUCUGGAUCUCAUGAGAACACUUCUGAGCUGAGUCAUCCUCAAUCUGAUGAUCGUCUUUCUGAAUCAAGUAGUGAUGAUAGUGAGUCUGAUAGUGAUGGGAAACAAGGAGAGAUGUCUGCAUAUGAAAGAAACAGACUGAUGAACAUAGAAGCCAACACUAAAUUCUUUGCUUCUCUUGGUAUUUUCAAGGCUAGGGAUGCUCUAUCACAUAGCAUGGGUUCAGCAAAGAAAAAGAAACCUAGUCAGUAUGGUCUUAAAACUAAAGUGCAUGAAAAAUCGCCAUUGCCACCACCUCGGACUCCGUCUUUACGUCUUCGCGGUUUAAACCCAAGUGGUGAUCCUGUGCCUGACACCCCGAGUAGGCAGACAGAGCUGAGAGAACAUCGUGAAUAUGUUCGAAAAGCACAGGGUCCUUUACCGUUGACCGCAACCAACAUUGAGGAAGAUGAAGCUGCGGCUCUGAGUCAAGUUGUGAAGAAUGUCUGUCAAAAUAAAAUAUCUAAGAAACCAUCUAUUUCUAAAGACUUUGAGAGGUUCUUGGCUGAUCUGUCCAGAAUGUCUAUUACUGAGAAACAUGUAGCAAAAGUUGUUCCAUCAAGGAUUUUUUCCGUAGCUGUGCAUCCGUCAGAAUCAAAGACAUUACUUUUUGCUGGUGACAAAACUGGACAUGUUGGAUUGUGGGAAGUAGAUGGCCAGUCUAAACAGAAUGGUGUGUUUACAUUUGAACCUCACUCAAGGCCAGUCACCUGUUUACAGUUACCAAGGCAACAUAGUCAUAAACUGUAUUCCUGCAGUUAUGAUGGCACCGUUCGAUGUGGAGAUUUUGAAAAAAGUGUAUUCGAUGAGGUUUGUUCAUCUACCGUAGGACUGGAUGUGUGGUAUAGUCAUUUUGAUUUUCUCAGUCCAAGUGGUGAUGUCCUGGUCCUUGCUCACAAUGAAAACAAUGAAGGAUCCAUUGCUGUGGUAGACACCAGAACAGCUAAGAAGACUGCUGAAAACUUUUACAGAGCUCAUGAUAAGAGCAUUAAAACUGUUAGUGUACACCCUGUAAUGGACUCUUACAUUGCUACAUCCUCUAGAGACUGUUCGGUGGCUGUUUGGGAUAUUCGCAAUAUGAAAGCAGGUGGCAAAAUAAACAAAAGAUUAGCAAGUACAGAACAUUCUAAGACGGUGUCUGCGGCGUAUUUUUCACCUUUAACAGGCGGCAAGAUUGUUACAACCUCGUAUGAUGACAGAAUUCGUAGUGAUAUUUCUAAAAGAAGUCAGCCUCGAAUUGAUGUUGCUAUUAAUGAGCAGUCAGAGGAAGUCUGUCGAAAGCUGCUGAAAACUGCAUAUCUCAUGGCAGUUAAUGGGCAACCCUUAACUACAUUUAAAACACUUGUUAUGGUACAAAAAGCUAAUGGAGUGAAAUUAAUUCAAGGAACUGAUUCCAGUAGAGCAGCCAGAGAGUUUGUUCAUGUGAUUGCCAAUGCUAUUCGUGAUAAAGUAGCCAUUUUGCUCUGUAACACAACUUGUUUCUCGAUUCUAAGUGAUGGUUCUGUGGCUAGGAAAACUGGCAGUGAGAAAGAGUUGGUACUGGUAAGGUUAGUAAAAAGUGGAAUACCAGUCUAUGUAACAGUGUCCCUACAAGAUAUAGGUGAAUAUGGGGAUCCCAAUGCUGAAAAUAUCAAGCUGUCACUUGAUGAUAUAUUUAAAAAUAAAGUCAUAAUCCCAGCAGAUAUCUACAUACAGAAACAAAUCUCUGCAACUGCCGAUGGAGCAUCUGUCAACACAGGGGUUAUUUUAGACAUCAUUGCAAAGUUGUCCCUCAAAUUUGAAGAGGGAGAAAUGUUUGUAUUUGAAGCCAUUCCAGCAUUAGAAGCAAUGAAAAGUGAGCUUGCAGAUCUAAGGAAAGAAGAAGAAUCUCCUAUUUCUACUGUUGGUAUAGAACUUGUGAACGCUAAGAUGACCUGUUUGCUACCAAAACCUAGUCAUGGAAAAAGAAAUCCAGAGAACAGAGAGUAUAUCACUACAAAAUAUGAUGCCAGUAAAUUAAAAGUAGAAUGGAAGAACUUGAAACGUACAGUCAAGUACUACUACCAAGGAGUGAAAGCAAGUGACCUUUGGGAAAGAAUCCUUCAAUUAUUGGUAGAAAUAGUUCUCUCAAUUGGACUAAGUAAUAGCACUGUAGAAGCUGGUUUUAGUUUUUUGACAGCAAUGCUGUCUGACAGACGUCUUUCAAUGAACCACCAGACCAUGGACGAUCUGCUAGUCAUCAAGGCAAACAAUGUUGUUUGGUCUGAAAAGGAGAGACUUGAUAUCAUUGACUCUGCACUUCACAAGUACAUGCAAAAACGCCGCAAACUAUUAACUGAUGAUGACAGCAGCAUUUUGGAUCUGGGCAAUUCAUGCAAAAAGAGAAAGCUUGAUGAGCCAGAAGUCAAUGAUAAGGAUUGUGAUGAUGAUCACCAUCAAAGUGAAGAUUCAAGCAGUGACUCAGACGAUACUCUCUCCAUCCCUGAACCAAUAUUUACUGGUUAUCUUAUGUUUACUUGUAAUCAGAUAUUUGCUGGUUAUCUUAUGUUUAAUUGUAAUCAGAUAUUUACUGGUAAUCUUAUGUUUACUUGUAAUCAGAUAUUUACUGGUUAUCUUAUGUUUACUUGUGAUCAAAUAUUUAUUGGUAAUCUGAAGUAUAAUAAUUGUAAUUGGAUAUUUACUGGUGAUCUGAAACAUAACAACCAGACAGGACGCUGGCUUACACCAUUCCGAGCUGUAUGGCACCCUAGUAGAGAAGACGCCAUCAUUAUUGGCGCUUUGAGUCGACCUAGAAAGAUCCAGAUAUACAAUGAUUGGAGUCACAACAUUCACAACUUUCUAGAUGAAGACCAUCUGUGUUCUGUUUGUUGCAUCAAUGCUUUUCAUCCAACUAGAAAUCUUCUAGUUGGUGGCAAUGCCAGUGGACGUUUGUACGUAUUUAUGGAAGAGAACUGA